AAAUGACCAUGAAGUAUUAGAGUUCAUAACAAGUUACGAGAAUGGCAGGAGUUACGAGUCUACUUCUUCUUCUGCUUUUAACUGCGUACAAAGCAAUCCCUUGCUUUGCUACUGAAAUUGGAUUUUCUGCUAAUACAGAUAUACCAAAUAUCAUUUCAAGACGAGAAUGGGGAGCAAGAGAACCGGCUAGUCCGCUACCUGCACUUCGAGAAAAUCCACCUUCCAAUGUGGUUAUUCAUCAUUCGGAUACAAUUGGUUGUACCACACAAGCAAUCUGUCAAGCUAGAGUGAGAACUUUUCAGAAUUAUCACAUGGAUACGAAAAAGUGGAAGGACAUUGGAUACAAUUUUUUAGUUGGUGAAGAUGGUAAUGUUUAUGAAGGUCGUGGUUGGGGUAAACAUGGUGCUCAUUCUCCUCCCUACAAUUCUAAAAGCAUUGGUAUUUGUGUGAUUGGUAAUUUUACUAAUACUUUACCAAAUCAAGCGAGCAUUAGGGCAACACAAAAUUUGAUAUCUUAUGGUGUAGCUAAUAAUAAAAUUAAAUCCAAUUACAAACUUUUUGGUCAUCGUCAAACUACUCAAACUAAUUGUCCUGGAAAUUCUUUGUACAAUUUAAUUCAAACUUGGCCUAAUUGGAGUAAUAAAGCAUAACAAUGUUAAGAUUGAUCUAUGAAGACAAUCAUUUAAAAGUUAAUCUUUUGUCUUUCAAUUUGAUUUUUGUGUAAAUUAUUUGUUAUUUCUUAAAUGUUCAAUCUGAAAAUACGAAUCAUUCAGUAAAUGUUAUUUUCAUAGAAACAAAUUCAUUGAAAAUAAAUUAGAUGUUACUUACAAUGAUUCAAUCGAUGAUUAGAAUGAUCAUUAUGAUGAUGAUUACAAAUAUUCAAUGUUCUUUCUUGACAAGCUGAAUGAUGAAAUGUUUGUGACAAUAAAUUUUGAUCAUUAUUCAA